CUCCAAGGCUACGAAAAGAGAUAAAAAUACCUCCCCAUCACGGCAAGAGAAGUGGCCUGGCCGGUGCCGCCGCGGCCCUUGAAUGGACAGCAGCGCGUUGGCAUUUUACUGCCUAAUUGUGGAAAUGGCCGCUUGUCCGCAAAUCCGUCGUUCGGGAUUUGAUGGAUUUGGGGUAGCGAAAGCUCGCUCCUCGGAAUUAUCGGAGCUCGAAAUCUGGCCCAGGCGCCGAUGGCACACUUCCUCCUCAUGUUCUAAUCCCUCUCCGCAUCUAUAAAUCAGACGGUCGACCCAUGCGUCACUCUGUCUUCUAGAAUUGAGCUGUGUCAUGAUUCUACCACGCCUACUUCCGGGUAUCGCACAGCUCUCUCGAGUCCGAUACUCACCCUUCUACACGCGCCGCCAGACUUCCACGGCAGCUUCCACCAUGGCCACCCCCUAUCGCAUACACCUUGUACCCGAGAACACUGGGCUUUUGAAGAUCCCCACGUCUGGGGAGGCUGCCCGCAAGGCAUCCGAGCUGCUCCAGCAAGACAUCAGGGACCACCAUGUCUUUUUCAACGACGACGGCUUCCACAAUCAUAUCCCCCACCACAUCUUCGCCCUCUACGGCACCGGCGCCUCCGCCGCGUCCCUGCAGCGCGCCUACGACGCCAACGCCUCGUACCAGCGGCCCGCCCUGCCUCUCCACAGCGACUCCCCCUCCCCCUCCUCUGGCCCGCCCGAGCCACCAUCCGACUGGGCCGCCGCCAGCAAGCUCCUCGGCCGCGCGAGCCGCUACCCGGACCUGCUCGCCUUCUUCCAGCGCGAGAUGGACCGGCGCGGGCCCGGCGGCUGGCGCGACGUGCUGGUCGAGCACGCCCUCGUCGCGGACCGGGCCGACGCGCGCGCCACCGACACGCUAGUCCGCCUGCUAUCAGGCUUCGUGCACCCGCUCAUCCAGCUCAUGUACGGCGUCGAGUGGGAGCAGCCGGCCGUGGUGGCCGAGGCGCUGGCGCAGGCGUGCGUGCACGGCGACGAGAUCCGGGACUUUUUGGUCGGGGCCGAGGCGCUGGCGGACGAGAAGCACCCCGUGGGCGGCGGGGAGGAGGAGGGGGACGACUACAGGAUGCCGCCCAUCGCGUCGCUGUACGAGCAGGCCGCUGCCGACGCCGCCAUCGCCGGCUCGGUCCGCAACGAGGACGGCAACAAGCUCGUGCAGGGCGCCCUGACGCGCGCCAGGGACGAGCUAGUGGCGCUCGCGGCAAAGGUGCGCGUCCGCCCCGGGGAGCUGGAGGAGCGGACAGUCGAGAUGUUCAACCAGGCCGUCUUUGUGGCCGCCUCGGCCGCCGCGCACCCGACGAAGCACCCCAAGUUUGACUUUUUCCUGAUGCACCACGUCAACGUCGCCCCCAUCUUCCUCACGGUCAACGCCGCCCCCUGGAUCCCCACCGACGCCAAGGUGCGCCUGCUCGAGUGGAAGAUCCGCUUGGACCUGGCGCAGUACGCCGCGCGCGCCGUCCCGCCCAUGUCGGUCGACCGCAUCGCGGGGUACAGGCCCAGGGCCGACCCCUCCACCGCCGCCGCCGCCGCCGCCGCCGAGCCCAUCGACGUCGCCUCGCGCCUGCACGACUUUGACGACGACGGCCACGCCAUCAAGCUGGCCCGGGCCGCGGCCAUCUGUAUGCGGGCCUCGGCCCCGUACGAGGACCGGGACUGGAUGCGCCUCAGGGGCAGGGAGAACUGGAUGAAGGUGCUGAACAUGAUUGCUGACUCGGUCGAGGCGCCUGGGGAGCGCUGGGUCCGCACGACAGGGCUGAAGGAGGCAUGGAGGGACAUCGAGGACGCCCCCAAGCUGUAAUCCUUGCAUCACUAGCACUGGCCCAGACACCAGGAACAUGGUCGGGAAAGGUCUAGAGAUAAAGACAGGGAGGCAGUACAUACCCUGUCCCCAUGAUCAGAAAAUGUAUUGGAUAUCGAAGCAACUCUUGUACCAACGGUAACCCAAUUGACAAAUGUGAGGCGCUCUACGGCUGUAAGCGCAUAUAAACCCCUCGAGCUUAAUCCAGCC